AUGUCUUUUUCUUCCUUGGUCUCCGAUCUCACCUACCGCGACAGCGACCGCGACGACCGCCGAUCUCAAUUAUCCCGUGCUCGAUCGUAUGCCAGCACAGCCGCGACGAGCGUGAGCAUCUCCGGCGACAUCUCUAGUCAGUUGCACGGCGGUUACUCUCACCCGCUGGCUCGAUCAUGGCAAGCCGAGCGUCAAUUGACCAAGUCCAUGCUUAUUUACCCACUCUUCGUUUCCGAUCAGCCUGAUGAGGAGGUGUUGAUCCCCUCCCUACCGGGCCAGUGCCGCCGCGGUAUUAAUCGCCUUGUUCCUUUCCUCGAGCCCCUGAUCAAGAAGGGCCUUCAAUCCGUUAUGCUCUUCGGUGUCCCUGUCGCUCCCGGUGUCAAGGACGCCCUCGGCACCGCCGCCGAUGAUCCCAAGGGACCCGUCAUCCAAUCCAUCAAACUUCUCCGCCGCCGAUUCCCCGACCUCUUCAUCACCACCGACGUCUGCCUCUGCGAGUACACUUCCCACGGACACUGCGGUAUUCUCCGCGAGGACGGCAGCUUGAACAACGAGCUGUCCGUCGACCGUAUCAGCGAUGUCGCCAUGGCCUAUGCCUACGCUGGUGCACACUGCGUUGCCCCAUCUGACAUGAACGACGGCCGCAUCCGCGCUAUCAAGCUGAAGCUUAUUGAGGCGGGCAUUUCCCACAAGGUCGUGCUCAUGUCCUACGCGGCCAAGUUCUCCGGCUGCUUGUACGGUCCCUUCCGUGACGCCGCGGGCUCCUGCCCUUCAUUUGGAGACCGCAAAUGCUACCAGCUCCCUCCUGGUGGCCGUGGUCUCGCCCGCCGCGCCAUCACUCGUGACAUUCAAGAGGGCGCGGACAUCAUCAUGGUCAAGCCGGCAAGUCAAUACCUCGACAUCAUCAGUGACGCCAAGGAAAUUGGACGUGAUCUUCCCGUCGCGGCGUACCAAGUAUCUGGCGAGUUUGCCAUGAUUCACGCCGGAGCCAAGGCCGGCGUUUUCGAUCUCAAGACCAUGGCUUUUGAGGCUACCCAGGGCAUUCUCCGGGCCGGCGCGACCAUUGUCGUCAGCUAUUUUACGCCCGACUUCCUCGAGUGGUUGAGCAACUAA